AUGGGGUCGAAUCAAAACCAUGACGGAAAGAAGAGAGUGCGUGAAAAGAAUGACGCCAUCGAAGACCGUUCUUUAAAGCAUCGCAAACGUGGAAAAUCCACUGAAAAAGAACUUAAAGGGAAAAUAUCUAAAUUAGAGACUAAAUUGGAACAUUUUGAAAAGAAUGAGAAAUUUUUAAAGACUAAUUCAAGAUUAUUGUUGGAUGAAUUGAUUAAAAAGCAAAUCAAAUUUGCAAGUUUGUAUGGGAAGUUUACCAGCCUACUAGAGGAGCAAAACAAUUUGAAAAUUGAGCGAGAGGUAAUUCUUAAUGAUUUUAGUAAUCAACAAUUGGAACUGCAUGGUUGGAAGCAACAAGAACUAAAUGAACUAAACCAAUUUUCAGAUGAGCCAUCCACUGACGAAGAGGAUAAUUCUCCUCAACUGCAAAAAAAUGUUGACAAACAAAAAUUAUUUGUUACAGAAAGUGACUCACGUGAAUAUAUUGACCUUGAUUCAACUGCAGAAGAAGAUUUUUCCCAGGAAGUGACUGAAAGUGCCUAUGCUGAGUCUUUGGAAAAUGAUCCUGAAAUGCGAGAGUUAGAUCGUGAGCUUAUUGAGGCAUUAAAAUCCAAGAUUUUGGAAUUAGAACAAGUAAAUAAUGAUGAAAAGAUGAAAUUGAAACAAGAGUUGAAUACUCUAAAGAACGAUGUAAAGGAACGUAUUGAUGAAUAUGAAACAUUAGAAAAAUCCAUCGACAUAAAAUUUGGACGCAUUGAGUCAAAUGCAGAAACUAAAGAUCUAUCAGUAUCCAUUGAAAGUGAGUACACUAAAUCGUUAAAGAAUAAAAUUAUGCAACUAAGUAGGGAAUUAAAUCACGUCAGGGAAUCAAAGGAACAUGAAGUAACUACUUUGAAAUUUUUACUCGUAAAGGAAACGAAGGCUAAAGAACAAGUGACUGCAAACCUGAGACAGACAGAGUACCAAAUAACUGUUGCCAACCAAUACAUGAACCAGGCUAAUGUGACUAUUCGAGGACUUCAGACAAGAACUGCAAUACAGCAACAGAAACUUGAACAACAACUUCAUCAUGAUAGAUCAACUUCUAGAGAGGAGAUUGAGGCACAGUAUGUACCCAAAAUGGUGCAUACUGCUUUAGUUAGAAGAUACGAUGAAUCCUCCGACGCUCUAAAAAAAGCUUUAGAACAGUACAACAAGCUCUUCUACAGUGCUGGGGAGAUGAUGACCGAGAGAGACAAACUUAAAAGUGCAUUAAUGGAUGCAAACCAAAUGAUAAAACAGCUAAGUGAUACAAUAAUAAGUCAAAAGAAUGUAUUAGAGGCAGUAGCUAAGAAAGACUUUUUUCGUACACAAUAUGAAAAACUUCGAGCUACGUUUACGGAACUUGAUUCAAAGUAUUCAAAUAAGGUAAACGCUUUAAAGGAAUUUUACAGAAAGAUUUUAUUAGACACGGACAUGACACUACUUCAAAAGAUAGAGGCCGAUGUUAAAGUAUCUUUAAGGGAAAGUGUGAACAAAUUACUUUGGAGAAGGUCAUUAAAUAAUAAUCUGCCGACUUCCGAGAAAGAAAAUUUGAAAUCUAAUAUCAAAUCAACAUUUGAGUUAUUAUCUAAUAUAAUUGGUGACAUUGAAGUUGAUACAAGUGAUUUACCUCAGUUGUCGAAUAAAAAUAAUUUUUUGACUAGUGCCGAAACAAUUCUUUCUAGAAUUCAAAGAUUAAAUGCUGAAAUGCCAAAACUGGGGAAAAAUGUAUACUUGGAAUUUAAUGAACUAACAAGCCAAUUAAUAAAAGAUGCUGAAAUCAGGUUGAUGGCAGGUGAAACUGCUUUACAAUCAAGGAACCAUGCAAUAAAUACUCCACAAACAAUACCUAAUGUACUCAGUAUAUCAGAGCCAGCAUUCAAGGAAACGGUAAAAGCUGCUGAUAUGAAAACCAAAAUGGUGGAGCCUGUAGAUAAUAGGAAAGCAAGUGAAGUUGAAUCCCCAGAUCAAGUUAAUAUUCAAAAUAAUAGCAAUGCAUUAACUUCAUAUAAAAGGACAUCUAUGAAAGGAAAUGAAAGAUUGUCUACUACAAAGGCCCAAAAACACAAAGAGGCUCCGCAACAAUCAAGGUUGAAUGUCAUCAAUGAAGGCCCAUUUAAACAAUUCCAAUCCCAAAUAUCUAAUUCACAAAUUACUUUCAACAGAACUGGUAAGACGGGACGACUACAAAGUCUCGACAGUGCUCCUUCAAAAACCACAACAUUAUUCAAUACUGCGGCUCAGGUAAUGAAUUAUAGAAAGAACCCGUCAAUUUUAAGGCAAGGCUCCCAAUCAAGACCAUUAUUUCAAACGUCCUUCGAUUCUAACAGAUCCAACAUCGUCACCAUUCAGACCCCAAAUGAGGGGCACAGCAAUAUUAGAAGUGAACCUGGGCGUACGACUAAAGAAGGGAAUGAGUUGGUACAAUUGGUCAGCGUUACUCCAUCCAUUCAAAAUGAUCAUCUUCAACCAAGCAGCAAAUCUAUAAAUAACGAAGAAACAAAAUCAAGUUCCAACGACACCCCGUCAAAGAAACGUAUUGUGUUAUAUAAUCCUGAGAGAAACGGACCACACAACUUUCUUGGUUUAUCACAAAACCCAGAACUACAGAAACAAGAGAAGGCACCCUCAUUUGGUUUAUCUAAUAUGGUAGCACGAAACCCCUUCUCACACUUAUCUAAAAAUCCACCAUUACUGAAUUGGAAACUACCAGAAAAACAAGGUGUUUCGAAGUCCCAACCCUCAAAUAAUACCAAUCAGGUUAAACCGCCCGGCUCAACAGAAAAGAACAUAAAUACUACAUUACCACACUGA